AUGCCUUCGAAGCCAGCUACCAAGUCCAGCUGGGUGGAUCAGAUCCAAGCCCAAUCCAAGAAAGAUGCUCGAACCCAGCCGUGGAAGAAGACCUUGGGUGAAUCCUACAACAAGGGCAAGGAUGGAGAGGACUGGAUUGAUCUCAAGCAGGAGUAUAAUGAGAGGAUUGGAAUCCCGGCGAAGAGAACUAAAGAUGAUAUCAAGAAGCACAGAGAUUGCGCAAACCAGUUCCCCUGGUAUUCUUCCCUUGUUGGCACUUACCGCGCUAUCAUGGCUCACGACGAAGAAGCAUCGCUGAUGUAUAUCCAAUGGGAUGACCUCUACAACACCGAGAAACCCUUCCAGAUCUUCUCUCCCAUCCCGGAUGAUGCGGCCGAUCAGCGACGCGCGAAUAUCCACUUUGUGUGUGGGAAGCCCGAGAAAAUCAUCGAUGCCAGACCGGAUAUAGAUUCGUACUCGCUGGACACACAUGGGUUCGCUUUUCGCAACUAUCCGACGCGGUUUCAGCGGUUUGAUAGUGCUGCCGAUGUCGAGGAUACGUACCUGCCGGAGCUGGAGCAGAAGAAUAGAGACAUGAGCAAGCAGGUCGAGACGUGUAUCAAUGCCGCCGACAAGACCCGGUCUUUUCUUCCGGCUAGUCAGGUCCAUGUCGACCAGGCGCCAUCUGCCGUGGUUUCUCGAGCUCAUCUUCAUCUCCCAGAUAAGGCAGAGCACCUAUUACAAGGCCGAGUCCGAGUAGUCAAUAUCUGGCGUCCUAUCGCCGACGUCGUCGAGGACGUACCGCUAGCCCUCUGCGAUGCUAGGACCAUCACCCUCGACGACAUGCUUGAAACGGACCAUGUCCGGAAGCACUAUCUUGGGGCUACGAUGUAUGCAAUGGCCCGGGAGAAGUAUCGGUGGUACUAUUUGCAUCGGCAGCGAAAGGAUGAAGUCACUCUGCUCAAGAUGUUUGAUUCAGACCCGGAGGUUGAGGGUAAAUGCUGCCCGCAUGCAUCAUUCCGGCAUUCGAAUGUGCCUGAAAAUGUGAUUCCCCGGGAGAGUAUUGAAGUGCGCGCGUUGAUUUUCAGUGAGGUCCCCCAAGAGUGA